AUGUUUUUCUUCAUUUUUCCAGAAUGCCUGGAAAAACUGAACAUCCUCCGGUCCGUCUCAAAAAUUUUUAAAUACCUUUUGGAUUCUAUUUUCACACCACAUUCAUGGCUGAAAAAGAACUUCCUCAUUUUUUUUUCUUUCUUUCUUUCUUUUCUUUUUUUUUCGAGAUUUUUCUUUCUUUCUUUCAGGGUUUUCUUUCUUUUUUUUCUUUUUCUUUUUCUUUUUUUUUCUUUCUUUUUUUCUUUCCUUCUUUCUUUCUUUUCUUUCUUUUUUUUUCUUUCUUUCCUUCUUUCUUUUCUUUCAUUCUUUCCUUCUUUCUUUCAUUUUUCAUUCUUUCUUUUCUUUCUUUCUUUUUUCUUUCUUUCUUUCUUUCAUUUUUUUUUCCUUCUUUCUUUUCUUUCUUUCUUUCUUUUUCAUUCUAAAAAUUUAUUUUUCUUUCUUUCUUUCAUUCUUUCCUUCUUUCUUUCUUUCAUUUUAUCCUUCUUUCUCUCUUUCAUUCUUUCUCUCUUUCAUUCUUUCUCUCUUUCAUUCUUUCUUUCCUUCUUUCUUUCAUUCUAUUUUUUUGUGGUAGUGGCGGGGGAGGUGCAUCCCAAAUUAUCCUCCUCUCUCUUUGUAGAUUCUGUCUUUCUUUUUCCUAGCUAA